AUGUAAAUUUUGAUAUAUCAAUAAGUAUUGACUUAGAUCUUCACUUACACCCCAGAUUAACUUGGUUAUGGGUCAGUUUGCAGUGCUUGGUCUCAAGAUGGCACCUAUAUCGCAGUGGCUGGAGAAAACAGAGUAAUUAGAAUACUAGAUAGGCAAGGAAAGGGUAUCUUGGAAUUCCCCAGUACUCAGCAACCUAGAAUAGAGGGUCUUGGUUGGGACAAAGAUAAUGAUUCACUAGCCAUCUUAACUGCAUCAAAUAUAACAUCUAUUUGGUCAAUGGGACUUAAGAAAUUCUUUGAUAUUGAACUACCCUCUAACAAGGACAAGGCUUCAUUCAUCAGCUGGUCAGGAAACUACCCAGUCCUGUGUAUAGGUUCAGAGAAGGGAUCUCUCGUGUUUUAUCAUAGAAAGAGUCAGAGAAAAAUUCCAUGCAUUUCUAAGCAUGGUAAGAAGGUCACUCACGGAGACUGGCAUGCCGAGGGUCUUUUGAUAACUUGUUCUGAAGAUAAACUUUUAACCAUCUCAAAUCAGCAAGGAGAUACUGUUUAAGAUUCAUUUAUCGUAAAAGCUGAGCCAACAUUAAUCAAAUGGUGUCCAUCUUAAGAUAUAACAAAGAAAGUAGUUGCAGCAAUUAUUGGAUAAAAGCAAAUGAUCUUAGUUGACACUCCAACUCAAAAGAGUUACAUUGUGAGUUUUUCUCAAAACUAUGGAAAGGUCCUAACUUAUUAAUGGUACGGUGAAGAUCAUAUAAUCGUUGGAUUCUAGAAUGGAAUCGUUGCCUUGAUUUCUGUCAGUAUUGGAAGUCUAGGCUAAGAAAAAGCAACCAUCAAUGUAGGAUCUAAUGGCCCUAUUGAUGCCAUAUGUGUCAAUGCUGAUCUCUAAAAAAUUGCUGUUGCUUAAAUGGGAACUAUUAAGUUUUAUUCUCUUGAGGAUUGGUCUGAAGCUAUAGGUGAAAGACUUGAAAUCACAAAGAGUGCUGGUAAAAUCACAGAUCUUCACUGGACUAAAGAUGGCAGUAUUUUGACUAUAACAACAGGUAACGGAUAUUUCUUCGGAUUCUUGACAGUCAUUCCAUCCCUAUGCUCUGCAAGUGAUACCUAUGCUGCUCUACUCUCCUCUUUAACAGAGGUUUCAGUUGUUGACUGCUCAAAGAACAAUAUGAUUGUAGCCAAGGCUAAUCUAGAUAUUGAACCGACUUUCCUAAACCUUGGAGCACAUCACUUCGGAGUAGGUAUCAACAAUUCGAUUUGGUACUAUAGAUGGAGAAAUCCUGGAAUGGAGGGCAAAAUGCAAAUAGUUUAAUUAGUAUGCAAGAGAGAAUAUUUUGGAACAAUUAAACAAGUGGUAAUGAAUGACGAGUGGACUGCAGUUCUCUCUGAAGGAAAGGUAACUCUCCAUAUGAUAGAGGACAAUAAAAGCAAUGACAGAAGAUUCCCUCAAACCGAUCAAGAUAAGCCUGUUACUUUCAUUGCAUUAGUUGACUCAUUCCUUUUGAUGGUUGAUACUUCUGGUAAACUUAAGUAUUAUCUCAUAGAAGAUAAUACCAUGGUUUCUGAGCAUAGAUCCCAAAACCCAAUUGUCAAAGUUUUCCCAAAUAAAAAAGGAACUAAGUGCGUUUGCAUCGAUAACACUGGCAACGGUUACAUAUUCUGCCCAGUUGAUGACUCAAUGCACUUCAUUCCAAAUUUUUCGGCUGGCACUGAGACAGUACUCUGGGACCUUGAUGAUCCUAAUAUUUUUGUUACAGUUGACAAGGAAAAGAUGCAAACUUACCUAUACAUUCCUCUAUCCCUAGAUGGAACCUAAAUUGUGCAUCUUCCUGAGUACCUUAAAUUAGAGGAAAUUGAGAAAAAUAAGGCUGGAGUUAUCACCUUUGUAGACAAGGACCUUAAGCCAAUCAUUUUAAAGGGAGGUUUCGUAUACUCACAUGCGAGAACUGAUGGCAUCAGAGGAUAGUUCUUGACUACUCAUUCUUAUAUCAACAGCUGGAGAGGAGCUUAGGAGACAGAUGAGGGUCAUUUAAGAUACUUCUUGUAAUGUCUAGCUAUUCAAAGAUAUAAUUCUUGCAUGGAUGCCGCUAGAGCUUGCUUCAGAUAUUCAUAAGUAUUUUUUGAAGCACUUGGUAAAUAAUGCUUAAAAUAUAUGGAUCUUGAUACAGCAGAGGCAGCAUUCUAAAUGUGCAAAAAUGUUGGCAUGGUUUAUUCAAUCACUUCAAUCAAGCAUGAAUCAGAAAAAUCAAUUUUGAUGGGACAUAUAGCCUCAAUCUUGUUUAAGCAUGAUGUGGCUUAGGCCUGCUUCUUAAAAUCUAGCAAAAAGGAACUUGCUCUUGAAAUGAGAAUGGAUCUCCAAGAUUGGUUCUAAGCUCUCAAACUUUGUAAAGAAAUUGCUCCAGAAAAGGAACAGUUCAUUUGCAGAAAGUUAGCAUCACAAGUUGAAAAUCAAGGUAAUACUAUUGAAGCAUAGAAGCUUUAUGAGAAGGCUUUACUGAAUCCAAAUGAUGUUACAGAUGAAAAGAUCAAUGUUGAGCAGCAUAAUACUUAAUGCUAUGCUGGUAUCGCAAGAACUGCAAUAAGAAUGGGAGACAUUCAAAGAGGUUUCAACAUUGCUAACGAGCUCAAUGACAAGACAUUAGUUAUUGAGAUUGCAGGAGUAUGUGAAAGUAUGAAGCAAUGGACAGAAGCUGCAAAGCUUUAUUAAAAAGGCUAGCUCGUUGAAAAAGCUGCUUCCAUUUACAUUCAAAUUGGUAUGUUUGCUGCAGCAGCCCCCUUAAUUGAAUAAAUUACUUCACCAAGUAUUUUGGUGAUGGUUGCUAAAGCAAAGGAAGGAGAGAAAAACUACAGAGAGGCAGAGAAAGCCUAUGAGAGAGCAAAUGAUUAUGAAAAUAUUAUCAGACUUAAUCUUGAUCACUUGGAUAACCCUGAAAAGGCAAAGCACAUUUUCAGAACAAAGUCCUAACUUCCUUAAUGUGCAUUGAUGAUUGCCUCAUAUUGCGAGACUAGAGGUUUUAAGAAGGAAGCCAUUGAAUUCCUUGUCCUAGGUGGAAAGAGAGAAGAAGCAUUCGUUAUCGCUUAAUCACAUUAAGUUAUGGACGAGUAUGCAAAGAUUAUUCUUCAAAUCGAUGAGAAAAAUACUGAUGAGCAUCUCAGAAUUGCCCAAUACUAUGAGGGUAAAUCACAAUGGGGAAGAGCUGCUAAGCAUUAUGAAAAGAGUGAAUAAUACAAUAAGGCUCUUAAAUUAUAUAUUGCUGAGGGAGAGAAGAUGAUUCCUGAUAUGAUUGAUAUGGUUGCCAAAGUAAAGAUUGAAGCUUUAACACACGAACUUGUUGAUUAUCUCCUUGGUUAGAUUGAUAAUUAACCAAAAGAGCCAUAAUGGACUUUCAAAUUAUAUAGAGCUAUUGGUAAUGUCAAAUAAGCUGUAAAAAUUGCUGUUAAUAUAGCUCAACAGGAGCAAGAAUUAGGUAAUUACAAAUAUGCUCAUGAUAUUCUUUUGGACACAUUUAAGGAUAUUAGAAUGAGUAAUAACCGUAUUCCCUUUGAUCUCAAUCAAAGACUUAUGCUAAUUCAUUCAUUUACACUAGCUAAGAGAUUAGUUAAGAUGAAUGAUCAUGUAGGUGGGGCUCGCAUGUUGAUAAGAGUCGCUUAAAAUAUUUCUUAAUUUCCUUAAAAUAUGGUAAAUAUUCUGACCUCUUGCGUAGCUGAAUGCACAAAAGCAAAUAUGAAGCAGGCAGCAUUCAAUUGGGCUUGCGUCCUGGUAAGACCAGAAUAUAGAAAUUAAAUUCCCCCUGCAUUCCAAAAGAAGGUAGAGUCAAUUGCAAGAAAGCCUGUGAAGACAGAAGAUGAGCCAGAAGGUGUGAGCCCUUGCCCUUUCUGUAAGUUUGAUAUUCCUGAUACUAGACUUGAAUGCCCAUCUUGCAAGAAUAACAUUCCAUUCUGUGUAGCUUCUGGUAAACAUAUGAUUAUCAAAGAAUGGAGUAAUUGUCCAAGUUGUAAACUACCAGCAAUUUAUUCUGAGUUCAAGAGACUACUAGAAGCUGACCCAACCUGCCCUAUGUGUGAGACUAAUGUACCAGCCAUUUCAAUCACUCUCUCAAGUGAUCCAGAUGCAGAAUUCAAGGCUCUUACAGCUUUAAUGAAGGAAAGUGGACCUAAUGAAGAAGAAGGAGCAGGAGAUGAUGAAGAUGGGGGCCACAUUAUUGCUCCAAGUACUGCUCCUUUCUACAUUGUUGGCCAAAAUCCUUUUGCAUAUGAUGCAGCGAAUGAGCCAAUGAAGAAGAGAAUGUAAGUAGUCGCUAUUCUUUUAGAAACUUUUUUCAUAUCAAGACUAAAAUAGUUAUGCAUCAUCAAAUUACUAAAAUUCAUUGUAGUUGUAGAUAAACAUAAUGAGUGCACAAACCAUUCCUACCCACAAAGCGCCCAGGAAUGCUUAGAAUAGUUCUCCUAUCCCCCAAGCGAGAUAACCUGA